UUCGAAUAAUGUAAAUAUAAGUGUUAACUUUAAAGCAGUAAUCAUUAUAUAGUUGUUGAGAUGGCUUUGUGUCUUUUCUUUUAUUUUUGACAGUAAUCGUAAUCAAGUAAUUAACUCACUAGUUUAAUUACUGUUAUAGGACAGAACAGCAGGUACAAUAGUUGUUUUGUAGCACAAUAAAACGUAUAUUUAAAUAUUGGUAGUUUCGGUUUCACGAUUGUACGGGAUUAUGAGCGAUAAUUUGAUACUGAUAAUGUAGCACGUAUCUUCAGCAUACGACGCCGUGUGUGACUAAAAUGCAGAAAGUAGUGACGGAUUAAAAUGGUGCAUGCGAUCGUGGUACAGACACUGCAGCCGGGCGAGAGUGAGGUGCUGUACUACCGCUUCUACUCGUCGAGUGAGAUAAGCGCCGCGGGGGUGGAACCGGGAGCGUCGUCCCGGCCACCCAAGCUGUUCGACACGCCGGCCGAGAAGCAGGAUCUGGCACGUCACGUGUCGCGGAAGGUGCAGCUGCAGUUCCACAUGAAGCUGGCGCAGUCGCUGGUGCCGGCGGGGCCCCACGCCGCUGUGCGCGGAGGCUACACGGAGCGCGGCUGGAAAGAGCGCGUGGAGCUGCCGGUGGUGUGGCAGGGUUGGCUGGGGUCGGGGCUGGCUCUUGCGCUGCUCUGCUCCGCCCACGACAACCUCAUGCAGGCCCAGAACGUGCUGGAGACACUGUCCGCCCAGCUGGAGAAGCACCUGCAGUUUGUGUCGAGUCCUGCCAUGGCGCUGUCUCUGGUUGAGACGGUCGCGCUGGUGGUGAACCAGUUCCUGCCCUCGGGCCGGCUGCUCUUCCUCAACAGCAAGCUGGUGCACACCCUGGAGAGACAACUCGAGGCAGACCUGUAUGCCAAGUAACUGUCUGAGGAAACUGGCGUGGGAUGUCGCCAGUAAAUGAUUAGGCUGUGAUUAAUCAAUUUACUUGCUUUAUAAUCAGUUCGACAUGGAUGAAACAAGUGUGUUUUUCACAUGGUUUGGGGAAUGACCUGUUGUCCUCUCAAAAUAAAAUCCUUUUGCAUCAAUAGAUAAUUGGGUAAAUAUGUAUUGUACGGAUUAGCGCCAAAAAAAAUCUUACAAAUAUGAAAUAACUUUCAUUAUAUGCUAUCUUACGUCCUCUUUUCAGAACCGCCUGCGGAGAUAAAAAAUUCCAAAUACUUUUGGAGAUAUGGCCGUUCUUAUUUUGCUAUACCAGACGUGUGUAAUAAUUUGACCGUCGCCAUUUUAUAUUUUGCCGUGUGCGCGUGAAUGUCUAAAUAACAGAAAUUUUCCAUUAGGUAAGGUUAGUUACAUUAUAAAUACUUCAAAAUAAACCGAAAUUAAAAAUAAUAUCAAUUUAUUUUACAUGUUGUAUAGUUUUAAGUAUUUAUAAUGUAACUGACCUGACAUAACAAAAUGGGACAAAGGUAGAUUAGGUCAGGUCAGCUACAUUAUAAAUACUUUGAAACUGAACAGACAUUAAAAAUAAUAAAAUUAAUUUUAUUGGUUGUUUAGUUUUAAAGUAUUUAUAAUGUAGCUGACCUGACCUAACAAACCGGGAAAAAGGAUGAACAGAAUAAACUCACGUAAGUUUCUUUUUACAUGAUGUAUUCGUUUACGUGAGAGUCCUUAAGAUCCACAUAAAGUUCUGCCAUUCCGAUUACACCCGAAUAUUCACCUUCGGCCAACCUCGGGAUUUAUUUAUUUUUGCGCAGGAAAAAUGAAUUGAAAUAUUAAAAGUGGUCAGAUAGGUUAGCUACAUUAAAACACUUUAAAACCAUUUGGAUGGUUAGUUAGGUUAGUAUAGCUACAUUAAAAUAAACAGAGAAAUAUUUAUAAAUAAACCCGAGGUUGGCCGAAGGUGAAUUGUUCGGGUGUAAUCGGGAAUGGCAGAACUCUAUGUGCAUCUUAGGUUUCUCCGUUCGGGAACAUCGCAAAAAAAAAAAAUGAUACUUGUAAACAAGCAACCGUUAUCGCCGCACGAGUGCACAGGAUGAAAAUUAAAAAAUUUGAUAUCUCCAAAAGUAUUUGGAAUUUCUUAUCUCAGCCGGGUUUAAUGAAAAGAGGAAGUUUAAGAGCACAGAAUAAAGGUAUUUUCGGAUUUUUAAAUUUUUUUUAAAAAAAAAUCACCAAAAAAUGAAGAUUAAAAAAUUCGAUAUCUCCUAAAGUAAUUGGAAUUUUUUAUCUCCGCAGGCGGUUCUGAAGAGAGUACGUAAGAUAGCAUAUAAUGAAAGUUAUUUCAUAUUUGUACGAUUUUUUUUGGCGCUAAUCCGUUUAAUACAUAUUUACCGAUACUUGUUAAUUCUGUAGUUUAGGUCAUUUUCCUUAAGAAAUAACUUUUGAUGUAAUUCUUGACAAGGCUGGCUUCUAUGAAAGAAGGUGAAUUAUUCAACAACAUUAUUCUAAAUUAAUUGUUAUAUCACAAGCAGUUUUUAGGUAACCUGUAAUUUUUUUUUCUGUAUUGUGUCAGGUUUUUUUGUUUAGGGGUUUGUUGUUUAUUUCUAAGAGCUGAAAGUGUAUACAUAAAUUGUAUAACUUUUCGAGUAUAAUUGUAAAGCAGGGAGAGGAUAAAAUCUAUUUGGUAAUAUCGUACAAAUAUGUAGGGCUUAAGUAAUGCUAAAAAAAAAAUCUGAAAAUGGUAUUAACUUAUGAUUUUGUGAAAAGGCAUUGCAAUUUUUCAAGUAGUUUACCAGUAGUUUACAAUUUUAAUGGCUUUAGAUUAUGUUAGGUACAUACCUAGGUAACACAUAGCUUAACACCAAGAGAACAAUUGAUUAUGUUCGGAUCAACAUUAAAAAUAAUGUAAUUUCGGUUGAUGCUCUUAUCACUGUGGUGUGAUGGGUGGAACGCGAUGCAUCAGCCAAAUAUUGUGUUAUUGUGAAUAUGUGGUUUUCUAACUCAUUCAAUGAACAAAAAUUAAAAAAAAAAUGUUAAAUAUUUAUUAUUAUUACAUACACACAAACAUAUAUGACAACCAUCAACACUUUCAGGUUUUUUCAAAAUGUUUGAGAGAAAUGUGUACAAUUUAAAAUUGAUAUUAAUUUGGAAAAUCACAAUGUUAACACAUUUUAGAGCAUUCACAAAUCCAUUUAGUAAACAAAAAGUGCAAUUAAUAGUAUUACCAAUAUACUGGUUUCACCAUCUUUUUUAAUCUAAAUUCUUGUAUUCAUUCAAAUAACAUUACGCUCGCAACACGGUGGAAAUAUAAAAUAUUUUUUUAUUUGGAAGUCUGUCACUUCUGCUAUUUAUUUAAUGCCGAUGUGAUGGAUGUGAUGAACGUGAUUGGUUAGAAAAAUAUUUGCAUCCAUCGCAUGAUAUCUUACGUUCUGCUGUGAUUCCAGCAUAAACAGAUUUUUAGGUUAGGUUAGAUACAUUAAAUAAACUAUAAAAAUGUGUGGAUGGUUGGUUAAGCUUGGCUAGCUACAUUAUAAUUGUUUAUUCCUAACUAACCGUUUAAACAAUUUCAUAGCAUUUUUAAUGUCGUUAUCCUAACCUUACCAACCAUCCACACAAGUUGAAAAUAUUUUUAAUGUUGCUAACCUAACCAAUUGUUCCAAUGAUUGAUGCUUUCAUUAAUGUACUUUACCAAAUUACUCAUUAAAAUGGUAAACUACUGGUUAAUUUCUUGAAGUAUUGCAACACAUUUUUAAAGAAAAGUUUCAGGUUUUUAUAAUUUGUUUUGUAUAAACAAAUGAUAGGGCCUAAAUAAUAAGUUGUAAAAAGUACAAGAUAAAUAAACAUGGUCUUCAUAAUGUAUAAGUAAUACACUAUAGUAAUACUACAUCAUACAUCAACCUAACCUAGGAAUUUGAGAAGAUCAUCAAGGAACACUAUUCCUUGUAGUCAAACAAAAGAGGUAAAUUUUGAUGGUAGCUACUUAUUAGGGGGGAAAAUAAUGUUCUAAGUUCUAUCACUCUUGCGUGAAAAUCUCACAGAAGGGUGUUUUGAAUUAUAACUGAAUUAUGAAAAACACGGUAAUGGAGAGGAUGAUGAAUUCCAGAAAAACUGUGGGGUGAAAAGCAUAAAAAAAAAAGAGUAAUUAUGGAAAUGACAAUUAUUUAAAAAUUUACAGUUACAUUAAUAAUUUUCUUCAGUAUUCAUUUGUUCCCAAUUUGGAAACUCACACUAUUUUCCCCUACUAUGAAGCUCUUCAUUACUAUCAAAAUUUCCAGAAUCCAGUUUGAAUUAAAACAAAAAAAAGAAGCACAGUUUUGUGAGAAUAUAUGUAUACAUAUAAACGACUUCACAGUAUUUUGAAUGUUGCUGACCUAACUGUAUUAACCCUUCACUUUCUUCAUUAGCACCUAGAAUUGUAAAAACCCAACCUUCUCGAAUGAACUAUGAAACCACUUUGAGGAAACUUAGUUACUCAAAACAUACCCUUCAUAAAAUAUUCACCCAAACUACAAUAUUCUAAAAAUAUAGGUACCUCAUAAACACAUAAAAACUCACCAUUUUUAGUAAUAACUAUAAAUGGAUACCUACCAUGGCAAAAUCUGACAUCUGUCCAAAAUAAUAUGUAAUGCACAAUGAAUUUGUUCAAAUAUUACAAAAAAAAAAAAAAAAGAAA